CGUGCUUGCACUUCACAACCCUCCCCCACAUACAAAGAGAGCUACCACACAUAAAAGAGGAUGGUCGCCGUACGCGCGAAGGUUGGCUCCCGCAGCUUUAUCCGCCAAAAGACGCUGCCGAAGGGGAAAAAAGUCUUCAAGAUCGACUGCAGCGUCCCGGUCGCGGAUGGCAUCUUUAGCGAGGACAUUUUGCACGGUUUCGAGCAGUUCUUCCACGAUAACACCAAACUGAACGGCCGGAAAGGCAAACUCGGGGAAAAAGUCCGGAUCGCCGUGCACGACAACACGCUCAGCGUCAUCACCACGAUGGCGUACCGCAAGAAGUACUUCAAAUACCUCGCGAAGAAGUUCCUCAAGAAGAAGGAACUGCGCGAUUGGCUCCGCAUUCUGGCAAAUGGCAAGAACAGCUACCAGCUGAAGUACUUCAACAUCCAAGACCAGGAAGAAUAAACGUGAAGGAGGCUGUACGCAUAACAGAAUUUGAGGAUUCUCUGUUUUAUGGUUAUUUUUGCUUAAAAUAUAUUUAAAAAAAUA